CCUAAAUUUUGUGUCUAUUAUCCAGAUUUCAGAUGUUUAAUCAUUAUAAUACAAUCAUUCGGCGUUUUUUCGUCGAGAAUACGUAGAUCACAUGAUCAAGGCAAAGGAAAACAUGGUGAAUGGCCAUCCCAUGCACAGUGACAAGAGCACACUUGACUCGGAUCAACUUCGUUUUUGAUACAAACGUUUCUCUUCCUUGCUAGGGAUAUUGGAAUUUUAUUGACUAAUACUGAUAUCUUCAGUUGGAUCAGCCGAGCUAGAGAGUGUCGCUUAAGCUGGUCCCACAGUUGAAAACAAGACUUAUUGAAAAAGAAAUAUUCACAUGAUUAGCUGAAACUAACAAACAUGUCCUACGAGGACGAUCAAGGCGGGACAUACGUGGGCUCCUUUCCCAAGGGCUUUGGCUAUGGCCCCGACGAGGCAGACACAGACAGCGCCGCCAGCCCCGGGGACGAGAAGCCCAGGAUUUUGUUGAUGGGCCUCAGGAGGAGCGGCAAGUCUUCAAUACAGAAAGUCGUUUUCCACAAAGUCUCACCAAAUGAGACUCUGUUCCUGGAGAGUACUAGUAAAAUUGUGAAAGAUGAUAUUUCCAACUCAUCGUUUGUCCAGUUUCAAAUCUGGGAUAUUCCGGGUCAGAUCGACUUCUUUGAUGCAACGUUCGACUCGGAGUACAUCUUUGGUGGUUGUGGGGCCCUCAUCUUUGUCAUAGAUGCACAGGAUGACUACAUCGAGGCGUUGUCGCGGCUGCAGAUGGCCGUCACUCGGGCCCAUAAGAUCAACGAAAACAUCAAGUUUGAAGUGUUCAUCCAUAAAGUGGACGGUCUGUCCGACGACAACAAAAUCGAAACUCAGCGAGACAUCCUGCAGAGGGCUACUGACGAGUUGGCAGACGCUGGCAUGGAUAACAUACGUCUGAGCUUCCACCUGACCAGCAUCUAUGACCACUCCAUCUUCGAGGCGUUCAGCAAAGUGGUGCAGAAGUUGAUCCCUCAGCUCCCGGUCCUCGAGAACCUGCUGGACAUCGUCAUCUCUAAUUCCAAAAUUGAAAAGGCCUUCCUGUUUGACGUGGUGAGUAAGAUCUACAUCGCCACAGACAGCACCCCGGUGGACAUGCAGUGCUACGAGCUGUGCUGCGACAUGAUCGACGUGGUCAUCGAUAUGUCCUGUAUCUACGG